GGGCGCUGCGAGGCUCCACGUCACGGCCGGCGGGCGCUUCCCUUCCCUUCCCUUCCUGUUGCUGACUCGGCCUUCCGCGGGCUGCGGCGGCGCCGAGAGGAUGAAGCUCCUGAUUCUUGCUGUGUUUGCCCUGUUCUACGUGGCCCACUGUGAAGAAGGUGCCAGGCUCCUGGCCUCCAAAUCUCUAUUAAACAGAUAUGCUGUGGAGGGGAGAGACUUGACGCUGCAGUACAACAUCUACAAUGUUGGUUCUAGUGCUGCUUUAGAUGUGGAGCUGUCGGAUGAUUCUUUCCCUCCGGAGGAUUUUGGCAUUGUCUCUGGGAUGCUCAAUGUCAAGUGGGACAGGAUUGCUCCAGCAAGCAAUGUGUCCCACACUGUGGUUCUGCGGCCUCUCAAAGCUGGAUAUUUCAAUUUCACCUCUGCUACCAUCACGUAUCUGGCACAGGAGGGUGGACAGGUUGUGGUUGGUUUCACAAGUGCUCCUGGGCAAGGAGGAAUCUUGGCUCAGCGUGAGUUCGACAGGAGGUUCUCCCCUCACUUUCUGGACUGGGCAGCUUUUGGUGUGAUGACUCUGCCCUCCAUUGGGAUCCCGCUGCUGCUGUGGUACUCGAGCAAGAGAAAGUAUGACACCCCCAAGACCAAAAAGAACUGAGCAAAGCUAAAUCUAACCAUCACCCCAGAGCUUAGGCGAGAGCAAACAACCCACACAGAACAGCAGGUGUGCUUGGAUCAUCAACAGUCACACCUGCGGAGCACUGCCUGGGCUUCAGCCCUGUCUGCAAGAGGGAGUCACCAAUCACUUCAGCGGCAGUGAUGUGUUGUUUUCUACCUCUAAUAAUAAUAAAAAAAGGCAAACUCCACCACCA